AUGCCCAAGAUCAUGUUCCCAAAGACACCACUCUUCCUCAAGCAGAGACAGAGCAAAUCGAAAGACAUUGAAGACGGAUCCUCCGUCACGACUGAGAUUAUCUAUGAUUCGUCCCAUUCCCAAGACGUUGAUCCACAAACGCGAAAGGAGCAGGAAUGUCUUCGAAAGCUGAGAGAAGAAUGCCGCUUGGCAAACAUCUCCGUCUCUGACAACAUCAUCUUUCGCUUUGCUUGCUACUACAACUUUAACUUUGACAAGGCCCGAACUGCCAUGGCCGAAAAGUUUGAUGAUCCUCAUCUUCACUAUAGAAUGGACGAUGAGCUCUUAGACCAGUUCCAAAACAAGGUCAUCUUUCCCCUACCGGGUCUCAGGACCAGGAACAUGAAGCACGAAGUACUCUACUUUCACGCCGCUCGACAUUUCACAGCGACAAUGGAUACCCAACUGCUAAUAAGGAACAUGACCUAUAUUUUCAACGAUAUGAGCCUGACUGAGCAACAAUGCCGCAAUGGAGUCGCAAUGAUAAUCGAUUUGAACCACUGGACAUUCAAGAACUUCACACCCGAAUGCUCCAACAAGUUUUUCAAGGCAUUGCAAUACCAAGUACCAACAAAGGUAGAAGCAGUUCUCAUUGUGAACGCUCCGCGCUGGUUCCCAAAACUUUAUCGCCACUUGUUCAAGAAGAUGAUGACCAAAUCAUUCGCUAAGAAAGUGCAUAUCUUGAAGAAACCACAGCAGUUGAAAACUCAUUUGAUGGAUGGCUGCGAACAGUUUCUGCCAGUAGAAAUGGGAUAUUGGGUCGACUCAACGGAGAUUGUUGACGAUUUCAUCGACUGGAAGCGUCACACUGAAUCCAAUCAUUGA